GGGAGAAAAGGAGGGAGCGCAGGCGCAGCGACGCGAGCGGUCUCUCUUCCUCUCCGCUUUAGCGAUGGCCAACGAUUCCCUCGCCCACCACCUGCUGCGCCCCCUCGCCGCCGGCUGCUGCUCCGACCUCGACGAAUACGACGACGAGGAGGAGCCCGCCAGCGUCGCCUUCCCCUCCUUCUGGCCGCCCUUCCCCGCCCUCUCCUCGGACUCCGACUCCGACGCCGCCAGCUUCGUGCGCCCGCGCAUGGACCGGCCCGGCCGGGCCGGGGAGACCGCCGCGUCGUCCUUCUUCGGGCUCGGCUUCCACGACGGGGACGACGACGAGUGGGCGCCGGCGCACGAGGACGGCGGGGAGGUCGAGCUGCCGCUCUGCUGGGAUUGCUUGCAGCUGGAGGACCACGACGGCGACCAGAGGUGGGACGUGGGCGUCAGCGACGCGGACGAGUGGGAGCAGGUCGCCGGCAGGGAGGAGGAGGAGGCCGCCACGGCGGCGGCGGCGUCCGCGGUGAGGAGCCUGGAGUGGGAGGUUCUGCUCGCCGCCAACAGCCUGGGUAGCCUAGUGGUGGACGACGCCGGCGACGACGCCGACCUCGACGCGGGCAUCGAGACGUACUUCCUCGACGACGCCGACGACCUGCUGUUCGGACAGCUCGCCGCAGUGGAGGCGGACCACGGCCCGCCGGGCAAGUGCGGGCGGCCGGCGGCGAAGGCCGCCGUGGAGGCCCUCCCGACUGUGGUGGUCGCGGAGGCCGACGCGGCCCGCGGCGACGCGCAGUGCGCGGUGUGCAAGGACGGCGUCGAGGCCGAGGAGCGCGCCCGGAGGCUGCCGUGCGCGCACCUCUACCACGACGCCUGCAUCCUGCCGUGGCUCGCCAUCCGCAACACGUGCCCGCUCUGCCGCCACGAGCUGCCCACCGAUGACCCCGAGUACGAGAAGUGGAAGGCGAGGCGGGCCGCCGGCGACGCAGACCCCCGCGGCGCGGCGACAGGUAUGAUGUCUUCGUCAGGUUACCUUGACGAAUGGAUAGGUGGAGGGGGAACAGAGUAAUUUGAUUCAAUAAUUAGAGGUGAUGUUGUGUUAAUAUCUGGCUCUGCAACUUGCUGCAAAUUCCUUUUUGAUCGGGUGGAUUAGGGAUCAAAUCGAUAUGAAUUGGUUUUCAUAGAUAAGGGUGUAUAUGGAUGCGAAUGUUGAAGUUGUUGUUCAUUCUUCUUUACAGAGGAACAAACAGAGGAGAACGAUGAUUGCCCACUGCUCCUUUCUGUCUUUACAAAUUAGAAUCACCCUAAACAUAGUGUGUGCCUAGUCACCUCAUAAUUCAGCAUACAGCAUUGUUUGCACAAUUGCACAGUCGAACUUCUCUUUAAGUGCGCAGGCAGUAGGAAUAUUCAACUCCUUUUGCAAGUACUUCUAGUUCGUUCAUAAAGGAUAAAACGAUUGUAUGACGAAUCAGUGUUGAAGAUUUUAGUAAGGUGAUCACAUUAAUGUGAGGAGAAAAGGUAGAAAUGUAUGUUAAUUCA